GGAUGAUGGCCACUCACUCAACGAAUUCUCAAUCGCUUUGGAUUGUGCUGUGCUCUACGUGAAAGAAUUACCAGUGAAGCUCAAGGCUGGGGCCACUCACUCUGGCGUUUCAAACACUCAGCACGCGCCCCAUUCUAUUACAUGCAACGAGGGAGAUUCGUAUCUUGCCUCUCCCAGAUGCCGACCAUCAACUGUCUGAAGUGUCCAAGCGUGUUGUCUAGCGCCGCACCACCCUGAACUUGAAUGCCGACGCCUCUUCCUCAAGCACAGUUCCACACAAAGUCUAUUUUCGUCUCCCCCGUCUUUGAUAGCCGGGUCUUUUUUCGGACUCGAUGACAUUUUUCGGACCUCCGCUGUGCCCGCCUCAUUUAUGUGCCGCUAUCACCUCGCGCAGGGCCGUCCUGACUCGACAGGAUUUAGACAUCCUCCGCAACUCCCAUGUCUAACCCCCUGCCCACCUCUGCCACCACCUCUUCGACAAGCACCGCCGCGAAUGCAAGCGGCGCGCUGCACCCCGUCGAGUCGCACGUCUCGCAUGACAUCACGAUACACGACGCACCUGUGAGCCCGGACACGAAAGGCAUUGACGACUCCGUCUACGACAAGAUUCCGCCGCACCGCAAGGCCAUCAUCACCGCCGUGCUUGCGCUUUGCGGCUUCCUCGCUCCCAUUUCGUCGACGACGGUGCUGGCUGCGAUCCCAGAAGUCGCCGGGACAUAUCACACGACCGGAACGAUCAUCAACCUAUCAAAUGCGGUGUACCUCAUCUUCAUGGGCAUUUCGCCGUGUUUCUGGGCGCCGCUGAGCCAGGUGUAUGGAAGACGAUGGAUCUGUCUUUCCAGUGCGAUUCUCUUCUUUGGCUGCUCACUAGGAACGGCGCUCAGCCCCAAUCUCGUCGCGUUCUACAUCUUCCGAGACAUCUAUCGGCCGACUGAACGGGCCACCGCUCUCGGAUGGUUCCUUUCAGGGACCCUCAUUGGACCGGCUAUUGGACCUUUCAUUGCGGGUGUGAUCGUGACAUACCGCAGCUGGCGCGUCAUAUUUUACCUCCAGACCGCGCUUGGCGGUCUAGCCACAAUACUUGUUUUGUUCUUCCUCCCAGAGACCAUACACUCUAAGCGCUCUACGGAGCUCCGCGGAUUGACGGGAACUGAACAGGCGAAAAAGCUGCUCGAAUGGACCAAUCCGAUGAGAGUUGUCAAGCUGUACAAAUAUCCGAACUUGAUCAUCGCUGUAAGAUUCUACGCUUUGAUUUCUCCCACGAGCUUAGAGCUUCGAUAUCAGGCUGCUGGCGCCUCAUCACUCGUGUGGAAUAUGUACUCUCUUCUGACCCCAAUUCGAUAUGUGAUCAACCCGCGGUUCCAUUUGACGACGCCAAUUCAAUCGGGGCUCUUUUAUCUCGCACCCGGUGUUGGAUAUAUCACAGGCACGUUCAUGGGCGGUCGAUGGGCUGAUUCCACUGUCAGAAAGUGGAUCGAGAUUCGGGGAAGACGCGUCCCCGAAGACCGUCUUCGCAGCUGCGUUCCAUUCAUGGGCGCGGUGAUCCCCGGGUGCAUGCUCAUCUACGGCUGGAGCAUCGAGCGCGACGUUGGCGGCAUCCCGCUGCCGGUUCAUCCAGGGCUGCGCGCAGCUGUUUUGUUUUCCCAGUCUGAACACAUAUUGCUUAGAUUCUGGAUAGAUGUGAUGCAAAAUCGGUCCGCGGAAGUCGUUGCGGGAAAUUACAUGACUCGCUACGUCUUCGCUGCGGCUGGUUCCGCCGUGGUUCUCCCUGCAGUGGAGAAAAUUGGGGUCGGCUGGUUCUCGACCAUCAGUGCCGUUUUCCUUGUUGUGACGACCGUCGCCGUCUAUUUCACUGCCGUCUACGGAGAGUCUUGGCGAAAUAGAAUUGAUGGUGUCAGCGCGCCCGGGGCUGCGGUUGAAAAAGAUAGGAAAAGGAGUCCGACGAUGGGCGACAUCAAGUCGGAGGUGCGAGUCUAGCCACCGGUCUUGCUCACACAAUCCUAGAUAGGCUCGAUUAGAUUGACUCAGCAACCAGUCUGUUUGUUCUGGUGCCCAAGUGGCGCGACAUGUACCCUGUGUCACCUCACAUUCUUCUGAUUGCAGCCGUCCACCGAUUCCUGGCCAGAAAUCACUCCAUCUCAGCAUCUCGGGUCUCCAGACCACUGAGCGUAGGUCGGACGUGACCUCGAGCACAGGUGGGUCGCGACGUCGCGCGCGUCAGCGCAAGCUUGCAUCAGCGGGAUCGACCCGGCGGCAAGGCCGGGGAUGACGCCAUCCCUCUUACUUGCCUCGUUUCUUCUCGACACCGGCGCCCAGCCUCCAACGUUCCUACCGCUCCAAGCGGAAGCAAGCGACAGUCGCACGGCAUCUCCCGCAGCUGUCAAUCGACAAUCAACCCUUGUUAUCUCUCAUCUCCAUGCGGAAAUGAAAACAGGAUGGCACAUGUCAGCCACAUGUCGUUUCCGAGACUCCGUCUGCCAAGCUCUCGGCGCUCCAUCGGCGUCACUCCCGUGGGCCUGCUCAUCACUAUUCUGCAGAUUCCCGGUCCGACGUUGAUGCGCCGCCCCGAAACGAGUUUCCCAGUUCCCACUCGCACAGCUGGAGGGCUGGCACGAGGCAGCGUUCGCGCGUGGGUUGGCUGGAAAAGCCCGCUCGAAAAGCGCUUGGCUUGGCUGGGCUGUGAUUCCCACACGCCGGGUGACUGCGAUCUCAUUGACGAGUCGAGCCUUCCGUUAUCAUCUGCUUCUUCCAUCUUCCUCUGCAUCAUUUUCUCUCUGGACCCGUAGGACGGCUUCGGUGGAACGAGGGGCGAGUCGCUAUCUGCGAUAAUGAGCUUUCCGCGGGCGCGAUUGGCUCAUCUUGCCGGAUGCGAUCUGGCCACACAUGGCCUGCACGACACGCCCUCUGGUAUCGGCGCCUUGCAGAGAGUGCUCAACUUACCCAGCGGGCCCCACAUACAGUAUGCGCGGGAGUUUUUUUCGCAUCACAUUCGAUCGACGACGUCCGAGGCAACGGAUUAUGAAGUCCUUACACUUUUACGGCAUCGCUCUGAAUCACUGGAUAACACCGUGACCGGCUGGGAGUCGAGAUGGUGCACUUCGUUGGUUGCAGUCGACUGCAAGGAGCAUCACUUCUUUUGUCCGGCGGCAAUGGGUCCCCUUGGGUCCCUCGCGAGUGACACAUCUCUGCCCAGCCAGCCACGAACAUCUCGACAAUCGACACGCUGCCGAUUUCUUGACGACAUCGGAUAUCGAUGGGUGUGUCGAGACGCCGGCAGUGGGAAAGGAAAGAAGAAUUGUCGUCAAGGGUGGUGCUUUCCGGGAAGCCACCACGCACGGGCCUGCGCUGGGCUGUGCACCAAGCCAAGCCAAAAUGUGCUUGUGUCAAGCAAGCUCGGCGGACGUGAGUGAGCGAGCGAGUGGUGCGAGAGGGUGGGAGCGGUCUUCUUCUCAUCCGGCUUUGGCUAGGCGAUAUGCACGCCAUGCAUUGUGCACGUCUCGGAAUCGCAUCGGAUGAGCGAGACCUGAGCCAGAUUCUCUUCUCGGACAUCCGGAAUCUGUGAAAUCUCGUGCUCAGCAGCACCACAACCGACUGGGCAGUCCGUCAGUCAGUCUCCAUGAAUCUAUCAGACGCUGUGCUUCUCCCUCUCGCCACCCUCUUCCGUUAUCGAUACGAUGGAGACCCGUCACUUCUCUUGGUUUCACGUGUGUCUGUCAAACCCGUGGUGUCCUUGACAGCCUGAGACCGACUCGGUCUGCGCAAGCGCGUCUGCUAGUAGCGCGCGCAGUCGAGACAUGGCGAGCCUGACUCUCGUCGCGCGGACGCUGCCACCUUGCCAACGGGUUUCAGGACAACUACGGCGGUCUUUAGCCUUGACAGAGUGGGAAUCAACGGCUUACGAUAAGAUCUGCCGGCUCCCGGAGUAAUUAUCUUACUUAAAUGAGGUGGGUUGAACUCGAUUUCUGCAGAUUCAUCCUCUCCGCAACUCACCUAAAAUGGCCGGAUCCUCACCUGCAUCCGAGUCGAGCCGCGAAAAGCAUGACGGCGCUGUGUCGGCUCCCGUCGCACCGCCGGUGGCUGCGCACAAGAAAGUCCACGACGACUCCAUCUACGACAAAGUGCCUGCCCAUCGCAAGGCCAUGAUCACUGCCGUGUUGGCGUUGUGUGGUUUCCUGGCCCCAUCUUCUUCUACGAAUGUUCUUGCUGCGGUUCCCGAGGUGGCAGCGACGUUUAAUACGACCGGAACAAUCAUCAACCUUUCUAAUGCCGUUUAUCUCAUCUUCAUGGCAUUCUCCCCCUGUUUCUGGGCACCCAUGAGCCAGGUCUACGGUAGACGAUGGAUCUGCGUCUGCAGUGCCCUCAUGUUCUUCGCGUUCUCUUUGGCCACGGCUUUCAGCCCGGACCUCGUCUCGUUCUUCAUCUUCCGAGCGCUGACUGCCUUCCCGGGCAUGUCGUUCUUGACUGUCGGAUCCAGCUGCAUCGGGGACAUCUACAGGCCGACGGAGCGAGCGACUGCUUUGUCAUGGUUCCUCUCCGGUACGCUGAUUGGACCCGCAAUUGGACCUUUCAUUGCCGGUGUCAUCGUCACAUACCGGAGCUGGCGUGUGAUUUUCUACCUGCAGGCCGCCCUCAGCGGUCUCGCGACGGUCCUCGUUUUCUUCAUCGUACCGGAGACCAUCCACUACAAGCGCUCGGUGGAGCUCGAGGGCAUGAGCAAGGUCAAGAAAACCAAGAAGAUCCUCGAAUGGUCGAACCCGUUCCGGGUGUUCAAGCUUUACAAGUACCCCAACUUGCCCUCUAGUCGCUUGCUGCCGGCGCCCUUAUCUGGAACAUGUACACGCUUCUCACGCCCAUCCGCUACGUCAUCAACCCCCGUUUCAACCUGACGUCGCCAAUGGACUCGGGCCUGUUCUACCUCGCCCCGGGUGUCGGGUACAUCACCGGCACCUUCGUCGGCGGGCGAUGGGCAGACCGCACCGUCAAGAAGUGGAUCGUCAUCCGCGGAGGCAAGCGGAUCCCGGAAGACCGUCUGCGCAGUGGACUGCCGUUCAUGGCCCUCGUCAUCCCCGGCUGCAUGCUCAUCUACGGCUGGAGUCUGGAGAAGGAAGUCGGCGGUAUUGCGCUCCCGGUCAUUGUCAUGUUCAUCCAGGGUGUUUCUCAGCUGUUCUGCUUCCCGAGUUUGAACACCUACUGCCUGGACGUCAUGCAAAGCCGUUCCGCUGAGGUUGUCGCCGGCAACUACAUCACGCGAUACACCUUCGCCGCCAUCAGUUCCGCGGUGGUGCUGCCCGCCGUCAAGCACAUCGGUGUCGGCUGGGUGUCGACCAUCAGCGCGCUAUUCGUCUUCGUCGCCGCGAUCGCGAUCCACUUCACGACCCUGUACGGCGAGGCCUGGCGCAACUGGAUCGAGGGCGUCCCCAAGGCCGCCCCCGAGACCGAGACGUCUGGCGUCGACUCGAAGACGGACACCGUCGAGGAGAGCCAGCCGCCUGUCCUGGAGAAGGAGUCGGUCUGAGAGCAUCAUCAUCAUCAUCAUCAUCAUUAUGAGCGCGCUAGAGAGGGGGAGGCGGUUGUAUGUUGCCGAUUGUAUUCACGAAAUUCAUAGACUUGUUACGCACACACACACUCACAUAGAGCAUUUUUCA